CUGCAGUCCUUGGUGUCAGACAUGAAGUGUGGGUUUGAAGGGGCCAUGCAGGAGCUGGGCCGUAUCCAGAUAGAUGACAAACAGAUCGAGGAGCGGCUGGAUAACAGCAAGAGUGAGUUCAGGCAGCAGGUGCUGGAGCUCAGCGAGAUGUUCCACUCACUCAAGGGUGAUUUUGACUUCAUCCGAGCCCAGCUCCAGCAGACCAAUGAUAGCCAGCAGGCCCUGCAGCAGAAGGUGGACAGUCUGCUGACAGACAGGGACAGCAUCAGGGAUGAGAUUGUCAAGCUCAAGGAGUCCUCCAAUAACCUCAAGAAAAAGGAGCACCUUACUCCGUCCAAGUCUUCGGAGCAUUCUCAUCGUCAUAGUAACCAGCCCAGUGACCCUGACAGUGGAGCAGAGGAUGAGCACGAUGACACCCACCCUGUCUCCCCCCUGCUGCAUCCUUACCUGGCCAGUCUGGCAGCACCAGAUGAUCUGGACAAUGGGGUGGACUCGGACGAUUCCCUGACACGUGCCGCCCAGCGUAGUCUCCGCCUCAGCCUGUCGCUACGGCAACAGUGUCUGGAGGCCGGCAGUGGGGCGUCCAGCGAGGAGGACGAGGAAUCAUUUUUCAUCACAUCAACUAAACGGAUGGAGGUGAGUAAGUCCCUACGAACGCCACCCAAGAAAAACCACAGGAACAACAACAGUGCAGAAGGCUUGCGAGGCAGCAUAACCCAAGACUUUGUGGAGAGUGAGAGUCAGUAUGUGUCGUACCUGGCAGCCCUGCAGGAGAAGGUGGUGGAACCACUGCGCCAGGCUGACCUGGUGUCCAGCAGAGAAAUCAGUGCAAUGUUCCCAGCUGUACUCCAGAGACUGCACAUGAACCACAGCAGUCUGCUGAGGAAGAUGCAGGGGAGGAAGGACAACAGGGCGUGGCAGGGGGUGAUAGGGGACAUCUGUGGGCAGCUAACAGAUCAGAAAAACUUCCUGGACCUGUAUGUGGAGUAUGUGAAAGACUUCCCAGAUGCCAUGACAACACUGAAUCACAACAGGAGACACUCUGGCAGAUUUCGAAAGUUCAUUAAGAACUGCAUGUCGAGGAUGGACAAAGGAGCUGGUGAUGUGGCCUCCAUCCUCCUGGCUCCUGUACAGAGGAUACCACAAUAUGUCAUCUUCUUCCAGAAACUGCUGAAGCACACCAGAAGUGACCACCCUGACCACUACUACCUGCAGAGCUCCCUGGAGAAGCUGCAGAGGUUCCUGGACCAGUACAACAGCUCCAUGGAGACGGCAGCACGGGUGGCAGCAGGGGAGGAGCCGUCCCCCAGCAGGAGUGGUAGCAGCUAUGAUGUCACUUUCAACAGUGGCAGCACUACAACAAGGGACAGUGGGGUGCACUCUGAGGACAAGGGGCCAAGAGUACCUUCUCCCUCGACCACUCGAAGGUUUGCCAAAGCAGCUGCUCGGCAGAGAAGACGUGCAGGCAAGGACAGGGAGGAUGAGCACAGACCCAGGUUUCCUGAGGAGGACAGGAGACAGCACAAACGGGCGCCUUAUGAUGAGUAUGACGAUGAGUACGGCCAGAGGAGAUACAGUAGAGACGAACAGUUUCACAACUACAGAUCCAGCUCUCCCAUCCCUCCACCUAGGACUGUCAGGAACCUUCCGCCCAGACCGAAACCCAGACAUCGCCGUCAGUACGAACACAUGCUGGACCCAGGUGUCCCCAGGUAUGAUAGUGACGAGUCCUACAGGGACCAGUAUAACAACUAUUAUGCACCCUCCGAGGGCAGCAGUCAGGACUACAUCCCCACUCACCAUCGCAGCAUGCCAUGGUUGAUACGGGACAGGGAUGACAUCGAUGAGCCUCCCUUGGACCCUCCUCAGUACCAGCCUUCUCUUCUCACUCAUGCACCGUCCAGAACCAAAAAGUCCUCCAAGGCAGAGUUGAACAAUACAAUGCCUGCCAACAUGGUCUCCGUUACCCGUCCCCACUCAAACCAGACCAGACAUGCCGUCAGUGCCUUCGAUGUUCGCGAUGGAAGGACAGUGAUAAGAAACGCUCCAGAUGGAGUCUCUGAGCCCUCACCUUCUAAACAGCAGCUAGCAAUGGCUCUUGCCAAGAGCUUGACACAAGAAAACGUGCAGCCUGUCCAGCCUAGACAGAGACACAGACAGACUCCUCCCUCCUCUGGUGGAACAAAACGAUCCACUCCUAAUGGAGACGUGUCUGUAAGGUUUUCAUCAGGGAAGAAACGCACACCAGAGGAACCAGUACCUCAGAAACUCACAGGUGUUUGGAGUGAGGAACAGCCCACAGUAGAAAAGAUUCCCAUCCCCAAAGAGAGAAAGGAGAAGAAGAGGAAACCCACUCCUCCAGAGGAAGCUGCUCCUUCUUCUGUAUCUCCGAAGAAGAAGGGUCUAAAGAAGUCCCUUAAAAACAUUUUCUUCAAGAAAAAUAUCAAGGGCCAGAAAGUCCAGGAACUGGACGGCCAUGAUGACAACGUGGCAACCCAGCUGACAUCCUUCAGCGAUGACAUCGUCACCACCCGGCAGUCCCGGACGCCGCCCAGUGUUACACCAGGGAUGACAUUCCAUGAUGAAAACGGAGACCCGUGCAGUGCAGUGUGAAUAGCAAUAAAAGUAGAGGUCCUGUAGUCAGGGCUAUUUUGUAUAUUAUGUAAAGGUAUUGGGCAGCUGUCAGACGAUAAAAGAGAGGGGGUUAUAAAUUGUUUUUUAUUCAAAAGAUGGAUGGUAACCAGAAAAGGGGUAAGCUUGGAGCCUGAUCCCUCUUUUAAAAAUAGAAUAGGGCUAGUAGCAUUGUCAUUGCCAGACAGUUACCUCAGGACAUUCCAUGACAAUAAUCUUAACUAUUGCAGGGCACAUAUCUUCAUUAGAGAGAAAACUUUGUCUUAAGUGGCAGCUGUCAUAAAAAAGCAACUCCCUGCCACCAAAUGCUGAUACAUGUACUUGUAUGUAGUCAAUCCCAUGUAUUAAGAAUAGUACUUCAUAGCUGUUUGAGACUUUGACAUUUCUUUCAUGAAGAAAGUGCCUACAUUGUAUCUAUUAUUUCUGUCCCAUAGCAAGUAGUUUUAAUAUUAUUACAUGUAGUAGCAUUCUUUUGCUUGUAUAAGUACUGCUUUUCAGCAAUACUGGAUCAAAAUAGUAUCUUGUCAUUCCUUCCACCCAGCCCCGCUACAGCCACCUGAAAGAUUUGCUCUGUAGAUUUAUAUUCUCUGGAACAUAUUUCUGUACAGAAAAACAACCGUGAAUGUGCAAUUUUGUACCUCUUGCCUGCAGUAGUGGUUAGUUUAACCAACGUCUCAGAACACAGUUAGGCCACUUCAGUUUAGUUCCAUGUUUAGUUGGUGUUCAUCACUUGCUUUGUGUGCAAUCCUGCACUCUUUCAUAGUUCGUAAGUGUAACUGGGAACAAGCAAUAUUGUGUGACAUUUUGUGUGUACAAAUGUAGUACCAGAAGCCUUGCUUCUAUUUGAUCAACAACUCACACCUGAAUUAUUUGCAAACUGGUAUUGCCAACUGUUGUUGGUUCGUCAUGUGUGUUGGCUUUGAUACAAAAGUUUUAUUUACAUAUGAAAAUAAGGCCCUUUAAGGAAAGAAAGCAAUACCAACAUCUCCCUGAACUUCAUGGUGCAAACUAUGUCUAUGAUAUGUAUACUGUAUAAGAGUCAGACAUCAUGCAGAUGUUCUAAUUUUAAUGUCAUGUUUUUGUAUGUAUACAAACAUGGUGUUCUAAACUAAACUAAUUUAUGAUUUUCCAGAAUGUUUUAGAGUUUGGGCAUAGUCAAACAUUUUCUCCCUUAACUAUGAGCACUAUUUUCAUAUCAAAGUUAUUUUGUACAAAUAUACAAGUGACAAAAUUAAAAAAA